AUGCUGUUAUGCACAACUGUUACUCGUGUGAGAGAUUGGCAACGUGUUGAGUAUGGUUUCAAUUUCAGAGCUUAUGAAGAUAUUCUUCAAGGAGAGGCGUUAAACGCUUUGAGUGUUGAUGUUGCUGGAUCUGUGAUUUCUUGUGGAGAUCUUGAAAUCUUUGAUCGACCUCCAAAGGAGACUAAGAAGAUGAAUUUCGAUAUUGAAGAUUUGGAUGGUAAGGUUUUGCGGUGUACUGUGUGGAAUGGUUAUGCUCUGCAGAUUAAGGACUUCAUUUCUAAAAUCCCACCUCAUGAGCAUGUGAUGGUUGUUAUACAGCAUGGAAAGUGUAAGGAAUGGAAAGGUGAAUAUACUGUUCAAGUUGACAAGUUUGCAACACGAAUUUUCCUGAAUCAAGAAAUUGAUGAAGUUGAUGAGCUAAGGAGGAGGCAUAUAUUGAAGUUUGGACAAGGGAGUAGUUCUACUUCUCAGACGAUACUAUCGUCUCAAAGUAUUUUUCCAUUACAUAAAGAAUUUGUAACUGAAGGUGUGAAGAAACAUGUUGAUGAGAUUAGCGAGAUAGAAGAGGUUUCACUUCUUUGUAUAUAG